GAGCAAGCCGCUCACCGCCCAAGCAGAGCUUCGGGGACUCGGACGCCUUGGGUCUGAUAACGCAGACCAGCCAUGGCCACCACCAACGGGGCUGUGGAAAACGGACAGCCGGAUGGGAAACCGCCUGCCCUGCCGCGCCCCAUCCGCAACUUGGAGGUUAAAUUCACCAAGAUAUUUAUCAACAACGGCUGGCACGAGUCCAAGAGCGGGAAGAAGUUCGCCACGUACAACCCCUCGACCCUCGAGAAAAUAUGCGAGGUGGAGGAAGGAGAUAAGCCCGAUGUGGACAAGGCUGUGGAGGCCGCACAAGCUGCCUUCCAGCGGGACUCCCCAUGGCGCCAGCUGGAUGCCCUGAGACGAGGCCAGUUGUUGCACAAGCUGGCUGAUCUCCUGGAAAGGGAUCGCGCGAUCCUGGCAACCCUGGAGACCAUGGACACCGGCAAGCCAUUCCUUCAUGCCUUUUUUAUCGACCUGGAGGGCUGUAUUAAGACCUUCAGAUAUUUUGCCGGAUGGGCAGACAAGAUCCAGGGCAGGACCAUUCCCGCAGAUAACAACGUCGUGUGCUUCACCAGGCACGAGCCCAUCGGAGUGUGCGGGGCCAUCACCCCAUGGAACUUCCCUCUGCUGAUGCUGGCCUGGAAGCUAGCUCCUGCCCUGUGCUGUGGGAACACCGUGGUCCUGAAGCCAGCUGAGCAGACACCCCUCACCGCCCUGUACCUUGGCUCUCUCAUCAAAGAGGUCGGGUUCCCUCCGGGUGUGGUGAACAUCGUGCCAGGCUUUGGGCCCACAGUGGGAGCAGCAAUCUCCUCUCACCCACAGAUCAACAAGAUAGCCUUCACGGGGUCCACAGAGGUUGGCAAGCUGGUUAAAGAGGCUGCCUCCCGGAGCAACCUGAAGCGGGUCACGCUGGAGCUGGGGGGCAAGAACCCGUGCAUCGUGUGUGCCGACGCGGACUUGGACUUGGCGGUGGAGUGUGCUCACCAGGGAGUGUUCUUCAACCAAGGCCAGUGCUGCACCGCUGCCUCCAGAGUGUUUGUGGAAGAGCAGGUCUACGGGGAGUUCGUGAGGAGGAGUGUGGAGUAUGCCAAGAAGAGGCCAGUUGGAGACCCCUUCGAUGCCAAAACGGAGCAGGGGCCCCAGAUUGAUCAGAAGCAGUUUGACAAAAUCCUCGAACUGAUCGAGAGCGGAAAGAAAGAAGGAGCCAAGCUGGAAUGCGGGGGGUCAGCCAUGGAGGACAGAGGGCUGUUCAUCAAGCCUACUGUCUUCUCAGAUGUUACAGACAACAUGAGGAUUGCCAAAGAGGAGAUUUUCGGACCAGUGCAGCCAAUACUGAAGUUCAAAAAUCUUGAAGAAGUGAUCAAAAGAGCGAAUAGCACUGACUACGGACUCACGGCGGCGGUGUUCACCAAAAACCUCGACAAAGCCCUGAAGCUGGCUUCUGCGCUGGAGUCGGGCACAGUCUGGAUCAACUGCUACAACGCGUUCUACACACAGGCUCCAUUUGGUGGCUUCAAAAUGUCUGGAAAUGGCAGAGAACUAGGUGAAUACGCUCUGGCUGAGUAUACAGAAGUGAAAACGGUCACCAUCAAACUGAAUGACAAGAACCCCUGAGCAGCAGACCAGUUUCUUCCUCCAACGCUGGACAACUGUCUGUGGCAACUCCAACUUGCCACGAGCCUAGAGCAGGACGACGGCGCUCAUCUUCCCAGGCCCUUCUCUUCCGGACACUCGGUCUACUAGAGUUUACUGGUUUUGAUUUUCCUCUCACAACUCAUGCUUUAUGGACCAAACUGUGGGUGGCUGGAUGUUACGUGUGACGCUGCAGGCCUGCCUGGGGAGGAACUGGUCUCCAGCUGUGACUUUGCCUUUAGCCUAAGUGCAGGACACAGCAAAGACCUCCAGGGCUCGGUUAACAGGAGGAUGGUCUCUGGAGUGUCCUGCAGUUAUUUUAAAUGCUUUUUGCUGACCCCAGGAGGAAUGUGGAAAGAGCUUACUGCGUGUGUGGCUCUCUCACGGGCUCCUCGGGGUCACCUGUGCAGGGAACAAGUCCCUCUUCAUCCUGAGGUUGAAGUGGGACUAUUCACAAGCAGAGGUAGGUGUUGGUAGGAAAGGAGGAUCCCAGGGAGCCAGUGCGGGCAGCUUAGGGGAAACACAUGCCAAGGAAAGACUUCAGAAGGCUUUGGUCUGUAGGGGUGCCGGUCCCGGGGGGGGCUGCAUACUAACACUGACGGUGGGAUUCUCCUUGAAAACCACCCUGACAUUGAAAUGAGCAAGUCAACAUCCCAAAGAGUUUGCUCUGUAGUCCUGAGAUGGUCAGCCAUCCCGAAGGCCCUUUUCUGGCAGAGAGCAUCCUUGGUACCACCUUUGGCACUGAUGGCCCAUUUUAGAGCUACCCUAGCUGAGCAAACCCAGGCAGUUGAGCCGCACAUUCGACACUCAGAGCCAUCGUUCGCUUUCGCAAAUUACCCGUUUCCACCACAUUCGGUGAUCGCUCCCUGUUUCUUUUUUCUCCAGCUCCAUUACCCGUUUUAGAUCAGAAAACUGAGAGACAGCUGCCACUGAACAGCGCCGUAGCUAUGAAGUCCCAUUUGGGUUUCCGUUUCUGAUUGAUUAGCUAAUGACACCCGAAUCCCAUAAGGGACACGGUCACCAACCAAGUGACCUGGAUAUCUCAUUCACAUUAUGACAUUUUUUCCCUCUUUGAUGUAUCCAUGUGUCAUGCAAAUUCCAUAGUUUAGCUUGGAAAACUAAAGCCGUUCUGGGAUGCUCUAAGAAUAGAACCGAACGGAUUGGGUUGACUGUUGUUUGGGUACUUUUAACUCUCUAAUUGGCUGUGAUGCUUCCACUUAAGGACUUAAGUUGGACUGAGAAACAGCAAAAACAAAGCCUCCUACCAGAACCAGUGUGUGCAUCAAGACUGUGGUGCAUGAACUGGAGCUCUCAGCCCUGCCAGAGACGAGCAAUAUUCCAUUCACCUUCCUUCCCCCUCAGCACUUAGACUACCAGUAACUGAUUAAGCCGGGAUUUGGCCUCAUACACUGACCUUUCAGCAUCUCAAUAUCUCUAGGCACUCACUACCCUUCAUCGUAGUACAUUAGAGGGUUGCUAGUCCUCCAUUGUACAAGAACGCCUUUAAUAUGAAAUGUUACAUUAUUUAUAAUUGGUAUCAUUAAUGUAUCUUUUUAUAGCUGUAAGUACACAGAGGUAGUAUAUUUAACCUUCUGUAAUAUACUGUAUUUAGAAAUGAAAAUCUAUAUAAUGUUAGAUUUCACUUCUUUUAAGGUUGCCCCCUGUGGUAUAGUUUUUCAAUUGAUUGGACUGGGAAUUCUGAUGCUAACUUCAGAUCAUGUUCAGCAAUGACAAAAAUAAAAUUGGAUGUUUGAGAAACA